UGUCCUCCAAGAAGAUGGCGGCAGCACCGAGCUGGGGCGCCUAGUACGACUGGGCGGGGGACGGCGAGCGGCCGCGCGAAACUGGUCUAGCCCACCACCGCCGCCGUCUCGAUGAUCGGGGGGCCUCUCUGGGAUUGGCUGCGCGCAUGUCACGUGGGGCCGACGGGCCCUGCGCAGACCAUCGAGUCGGGCGUCCCUCCCCGGGGACGUGGCCUUCCUGUGCCCGGGCUGGGGCCCGCCGCCCCGCGGGGGAGGGCGGAGCUGGCGCGGCCCCUAGCUUUCUCCUUCUGGUGUGGGGCCCGAGCAAAAGCUGGCAGGCUGACAGAGGCGGCCUCAGGACGGACCUUCUGGCUACUGACCGUUUUGCUGUGGUUUUCCCGGAUUGUGUGUAGGUGUGAGAUCAACCAUGAGUUCCGUUGCAGUUUUGACCCAAGAGAGUUUUGCUGAACACCGAAGUGGGCUGGUUCCGCAACAAAUCAAAGUUGCCACUCUAAAUUCAGAAGAGGAGAGCGACCCUCCAACCUACAAGGAUGCCUUCCCUCCACUUCCUGAGAAAGCUGCUUGCCUGGAAAGUGCCCAGGAACCCGCUGGAGCCUGGGGGAACAAGAUCCGACCCAUCAAGGCUUCUGUCAUCACUCAGGUGUUCCAUGUACCCCUGGAGGAGAGAAAAUACAAGGAUAUGAACCAGUUUGGAGAAGGUGAACAAGCAAAAAUCUGCCUUGAGAUCAUGCAGAGAACCGGUGCUCACUUGGAGCUGUCUUUGGCCAAAGACCAAGGCCUCUCCAUCAUGGUGUCAGGAAAGCUGGAUGCUGUCAUGAAAGCUCGGAAGGACAUUGUUGCUAGACUGCAGACUCAGGCCUCAGCAACUGUUGCCAUUCCCAAAGAACACCAUCGCUUUGUUAUUGGCAAAAAUGGAGAGAAACUGCAAGACUUGGAGCUAAAAACUGCAACCAAAAUCCAGAUCCCACGCCCAGAUGACCCCAGCAAUCAGAUCAAGAUCACUGGCACCAAAGAGGGCAUCGAGAAAGCUCGCCAUGAAGUCUUACUCAUCUCUGCCGAGCAGGACAAACGUGCUGUGGAGAGGCUAGAAGUAGAAAAGGCAUUCCACCCCUUCAUCGCUGGGCCGUAUAAUAGACUGGUUGGCGAGAUCAUGCAGGAGACAGGCACGCGCAUCAACAUCCCCCCACCCAGCGUGAACCGGACAGAGAUUGUCUUCACUGGAGAGAAGGAACAGUUGGCUCAGGCUGUGGCUCGCAUCAAGAAGAUUUAUGAGGAGAAGAAAAAGAAGACUACAACCAUUGCAGUGGAAGUGAAGAAAUCCCAACACAAGUAUGUCAUCGGGCCCAAGGGCAAUUCAUUGCAGGAGAUCCUUGAGAGAACUGGAGUUUCCGUUGAGAUCCCACCCUCAGACAGCAUCUCUGAGACUGUAAUACUUCGAGGCGAACCUGAAAAGUUAGGUCAGGCGUUGACUGAAGUCUAUGCCAAGGCCAAUAGCUUCACCGUCUCCUCUGUCGCCGCCCCUUCCUGGCUUCACCGUUUCAUCAUUGGCAAGAAAGGGCAGAACCUGGCCAAAAUCACUCAGCAGAUGCCAAAGGUUCACAUCGAGUUCACAGAGGGCGAAGACAAGAUCACCCUGGAGGGCCCUACAGAGGAUGUCAAUGUGGCCCAGGAACAGAUAGAAGGCAUGGUCAAAGAUUUGAUUAACCGGAUGGACUAUGUGGAGAUCAACAUCGACCACAAGUUCCACAGGCACCUCAUUGGGAAGAGCGGCGCCAACAUAAACAGAAUCAAAGACCAGUACAAGGUGUCCGUGCGCAUCCCUCCUGACAGUGAGAAGAGCAAUUUGAUCCGCAUCGAGGGGGACCCACAGGGCGUGCAGCAGGCCAAGCGAGAGCUGCUGGAGCUUGCAUCUCGCAUGGAAAAUGAGCGUACCAAGGAUCUAAUCAUUGAGCAAAGAUUUCAUCGCACAAUCAUUGGGCAGAAGGGUGAACGGAUCCGUGAAAUUCGUGACAAAUUCCCAGAGGUCAUCAUCAACUUUCCAGACCCAGCACAAAAAAGUGACAUUGUCCAGCUCAGAGGACCUAAGAAUGAGGUGGAAAAAUGCACAAAAUACAUGCAGAAGAUGGUGGCAGAUCUGGUGGAAAAUAGCUAUUCAAUUUCUGUUCCGAUCUUCAAACAGUUUCACAAGAAUAUCAUUGGGAAAGGAGGCGCAAACAUUAAAAAGAUUCGUGAAGAAAGCAACACCAAAAUCGACCUUCCAGCAGAGAAUAGCAAUUCAGAGACCAUUAUCAUCACAGGCAAGCGAGCCAACUGCGAAGCUGCCCGGAGCAGGAUUCUGUCUAUUCAGAAAGACCUGGCCAACAUAGCCGAGGUAGAGGUCUCCAUCCCUGCCAAGCUGCACAACUCCCUCAUUGGCACCAAGGGCCGUCUGAUCCGCUCCAUCAUGGAGGAGUGCGGCGGGGUCCACAUUCACUUUCCCGUGGAAGGUUCAGGAAGCGACACCGUUGUUAUCAGGGGCCCUUCCUCGGAUGUGGAGAAGGCCAAGAAGCAGCUCCUGCAUCUGGCGGAGGAGAAGCAAACCAAGAGUUUCACUGUUGACAUCCGCGCCAAGCCAGAAUACCACAAAUUCCUCAUCGGCAAGGGGGGCGGCAAAAUUCGCAAGGUGCGCGACAGCACUGGAGCACGUGUCAUCUUCCCUGCGGCCGAGGACAAGGACCAGGACCUGAUCACCAUCAUUGGAAAGGAGGACGCCGUCCGAGAGGCACAGAAGGAGCUGGAGGCCUUGAUCCAAAACCUGGAUAAUGUGGUGGAAGACUCCAUGCUGGUGGACCCCAAGCACCACCGCCACUUCGUCAUCCGCAGAGGCCAGGUCUUGCGGGAGAUUGCUGAAGAGUAUGGCGGGGUGAUGGUCAGCUUCCCACGCUCUGGCACACAGAGCGACAAAGUCACCCUCAAGGGCGCCAAGGACUGUGUGGAGGCAGCCAAGAAACGCAUUCAGGAGAUCAUUGAGGACCUGGAAGCUCAGGUGACAUUAGAAUGUGCUAUACCCCAGAAAUUCCAUCGAUCUGUCAUGGGCCCCAAAGGUUCCAGAAUCCAGCAGAUUACUCGGGAUUUCAGUGUUCAAAUUAAAUUCCCAGACAGAGAGGAGAACGCAGUUCACAGUACAGAGCCAGUUGUCCAGGAGAAUGGGGACGAAGCUGGGGAGGGGAGAGAGGCUAAAGAUUCUGACCCCGGCUCUCCAAGGAGGUGUGACAUCAUCAUCAUCUCUGGCCGGAAAGAAAAGUGUGAGGCUGCCAAGGAAGCUCUGGAGGCAUUGGUUCCUGUCACCAUUGAAGUAGAGGUGCCCUUUGACCUUCACCGUUACGUUAUUGGGCAGAAAGGAAGUGGGAUCCGCAAGAUGAUGGAUGAGUUUGAGGUGAACAUACAUGUCCCGGCACCUGAGCUGCAGUCUGACAUCAUCGCCAUCACGGGCCUCGCUGCAAAUUUGGACCGGGCCAAGGCUGGACUGCUGGAGCGUGUGAAGGAGCUACAGGCCGAGCAGGAGGACCGGGCUUUAAGGAGUUUUAAGCUGAGUGUCACUGUAGACCCCAAAUACCAUCCCAAGAUUAUCGGGAGAAAGGGGGCAGUAAUUACCCAAAUCCGGUUGGAGCAUGACGUGAACAUCCAGUUUCCUGAUAAGGACGAUGGGAACCAGCCCCAGGACCAAAUUACCAUCACAGGGUACGAAAAGAACACAGAAGCUGCCAGGGACGCUAUACUGAGAAUUGUGGGUGAACUUGAGCAGAUGGUUUCUGAGGACGUCCCGCUGGACCACCGCGUUCACGCCCGCAUCAUUGGUGCCCGUGGCAAAGCCAUUCGCAAAAUCAUGGACGAAUUCAAGGUGGACAUUCGCUUCCCACAGAGCGGAGCCCCAGACCCCAACUGCGUCACUGUGACGGGGCUCCCAGAGAAUGUGGAGGAAGCCAUCGACCACAUCCUCAACCUGGAGGAGGAAUACCUAGCUGACGUGGUGGACAGUGAGGCGCUGCAGGUAUAUAUGAAACCCCCAGCACACGAAGAGGCCAAGGCACCUUCCAGAGGCUUUGUGGUGCGGGACGCACCCUGGACCGCCAGCAGCAGUGAGAAGGCUCCUGACAUGAGCAGCUCUGAAGAAUUUCCCAGCUUUGGGGCUCAGGUGGCUCCCAAGACUCUCCCUUGGGGCCCCAAACGAUAAUGAUCAAAAAGAACAGAAACCUCUCCAGCCUGCUGACCCGAACCCAGCCACACAAUGGUUUGUCUCAAUCUGACCCAGCGGCUGGACCCCUCCGUAAAUUGUUGACGCUCUUCCCCUUCCCGAGGUCCCGCAGGGAGCCUAGCGCCUGGCUCUGUGUGCGGCCGCUCCUCCAGGCCUGGCCGUGCCCGCUCAGGACCCGCUCCACUGUUUAACACUAAACCCAGGUCAUGAGCAUUCGUGCUAAGAUAACAGACUCCAGCUCCUGGUCCACCCGGCAUGUCAGUCAGUCAGCACUCUGGCCUUCAUCACGAGAGCUCCGCAGCCGUGGCUAGGGUUCCACUUCCUGUGUCAUGACCUCAGGAAAUAAACGUCCUUGACUUUAUAAAAGCCAAA